AUGACCGGCGCAACGGCAUCAGGGACCCAUAUCAAGCCACGCACACGACAAGAAGGCCCCGAGACUGUCCUGGUCAUUGGGGGUGGAGCCACGGGCCUUGUCACGCUCCGCAAUCUCGCCGAAGCGCGCGGCCACGAUUCUGAGGGCGCAUACCCAUUGUUCGAGCCACUCCUCGUCGAGCGUCGCGAUGACGUCGGCGGGGUGUGGUACUGGUCCGACGAGACGUAUGCCCUAGAACGCACCCUUGGUCCCGAAAAAGUACAAGGACUUACGUCUGUCUUCGACCCCAAGGGCACCCCGCACUGGCCGUCGCCUGCAUACCUCAAUCUACGCGGCAACGUUCUGCCCGAGUUUCUCGAGUUUAGCGGGAAGAAGUUCGACCCGCCCGCCAACGGCGAGACGUUCCCCUCGAUGGGUGAGACGCACAACUACCUCAAGUCGUUCGCCGCGCCGUAUCGCCGCUACAUCAAGUGUAGGGUCGAGGUGCUGCGUGUGCAGGAGCUGCCCGGUGAUCGCGGGUGGGAGGUGACACUGAAACACUGGUCCGACAGCGCCGUUCCUAGGACGGAGGCGGUGACGUUUACGCCCGUCGUGGAAACGAGGGUGUUUGACCGCGUCAUCGUUGCGGCAGGGUGGUACGAUACGCCGUAUUACCCCGACGUAGAGGGGAUACAGCUGGCCAAGGAGCAGGGCCACAUUCAUCACUGCAAGCACUACCGCGAUUCCACGCCGUACAUCGGCAAGAAGGUCGUCGUGGUGGGCAACAACAAUUCGGCCAACGAAGUGGCUGCCCAUCUGGCGCCGUUCAACUCAGUCUCCCACCCUGUGUACAGGUCGGCAAAGAGCGCGCCGAUUGAGAAGUGUCCUGCACUCCCAGAUGCGAGGAUCAAGGACGUCGGCUUGAUCACCAGGUAUCAACUCGUUCACACUGCUGCUGCUGAUGCGGGGCGAGAGAAAGGCACCAAGGUGGAUCUGACGCUUGCGGAUGGGAGCGUGAUUCGAGAUGUCGAUUAUGUGAUCCUCGGUACGGGAUAUGGUCAAAAGUACCCGUGGCUGCACGUCCUCACCGACGCAGCGCGCCAGAGCAGCUCGACGGAAGUGGAACCACUGACGCCAGACUCGCUCAAGGGAACACGUGUACCGUACAUGUACAACCAUGCCCUCUUCUCCAAGUCCCCGCGCCUCACACUCGGCUUCGUGGGACUGCUCAUCUCGUACACGCCCUUCUCGUACGCCGAUCUCAACAGCGCCUGGAUCGUCGCCGUCUGGUCCGGCCUCAUCACAUCCGUGCCCCUCUCCAUCGAGGCUCGCUUGCAGUUCGAGCAGGAUCGGCUUGCGUAUCUGUACGAGACACGGUCGAAAAAGGCUGCCGAAAAGGGCGAGAAGCUGGAUCCAGCGGAUCCGACGACGUAUGCGUACUACCAUGCGAUUGCGCGGUCCAGGGCGGAAGGUCCGCCGUCUGAAGCGCAUUUCGCUGCGGAAUUGCUCGAGGAGCUGGUGAAGGCGGAUCCGACGCAGCAGGGCAGGUGGCCGUGGAAGUGGGAUGAUGAUAGUGAGGAGAAGCGCGUGGGUAUGUAUAGGCGGAAGAAGGAGUGGUUGGAAGAGAAUGGGGAGAGGAUCAGGCAUGAUCCGUUCGACCUGCUGGGGAGCAAUAAUCAGAGGUAUGGGCAUUUGGUGGGCGAGUUGGUGGAUGCCGGGUGGAGGGCCAGGCGGCUGGGGACGACAGCGUCGAGGACACCAACCCGUCUUGGGGAAAAGCAAGCCCAACCGCAGACGAAUUUGGACGUGUGGCUCUCAUCCUUACCGCGGUCCGCACGAAAGGUUGCAUGGUACACGGUGAUGGCGGUGCUCAGCUUUAUGCUCUUCGUCUGCUUCGCAUGGUUCUUCGUCGCUUUUGCUGAGCUCACCAGGCUCCUCUUUGUUCUGCUUGGAGAUAUGUUCAGCUUUCCAUAG